ACACAUUACCAACACAAACACGUCUUAUAUCAAAUAAAGAAAACGAACAAGCAACAGUUCUACAGCAACAGUUUGCCUCAGUUGCGAACUGUACAACCAUUGCAGGAAAGAAGCUUCCAAUUUGGGUUGAGUGGUCAGGAUGGUGCAAUUUUCCCUAUGCAGGAUACUCAACAUGAUAAUGUAGAAAAAAGGGGAACAGAAACACUCUUGAACAGAAUGGAGGAACGUAUAAGUAACGUGGAGGCUGAAAUAAAGAAAAUAACUGCAGGUAUCAAUAAAAUAUUAAGGUGCGUUCAGGAUCACCGAUCCGCAGUGCGAAAACCAGAUGGCUUAUCCAUUACAAGUAUGGAACAGAUGCAGGAGUUUGAAGAAUCGGUAGAACAACAUUAUACCGAUGUUGUCAAUUAUUUUCAUUAUAUUGGCGGCUUCACUUUGAAGGAAGCAACCAAUCUUUGCCUCAAAGAGGCUUUGCAUGACACACUGGUGUUGUCGUAUACUUGGUUUGGCCGCGAUGAAGGACGUCAACCAUUAUAUAACACUCGGCUUGUUAAGGCCAUCUAUGAUGCUGUAUGCAGAAACAAUUCUUUUGCAAAACCUCAGAAGUCAGAGUUCCAGAAGGAGAUGCGGAACUCUCUACGCGUUAUGAAAGAAAGGAACCAAAUAAGAAUGAAAAGACACCAACGCAAUCCCGUCCCACUGGACGCUGAGCAUUUGUGGGACGACGAGGAAGAAGACAACCAAGAUUGUCAACAACAUUGACAAUGAAUUAUCUUGGCCUUUAUACGGAUGCCGAUUAUAAAAUCAAAUCUUUACGGACUUUACGGAUCCCGAUUCUGUCACUUGUUUACUUGCUGGUAUCGUCGACACCAGCAAAGAUGGGCUCAUAUCGUUUGCAGAAUUUCAAGUCUUCGAAAGUCUCCUCUGUGUACCAGACGCUCUAUACAGCUUUUCAGCUCUUUGACACUAAUGG